AUGGAUCCGGAAGCUUCUUACGGUGAUGAGAGCCUUACAGCUUCGGUAUCCUUGAGAAGACGUUCUCAUUCUUUCUCGGACGACUACUCAAUCCAGCGAACCAACGACGAUGCAACACAAUGUAAACUAGCUGCUGUUCAGUUAGGGUACUGGAAAGAUGAGUUUCUAUCGCGAUUCGUACAGCGCUGUCCUACCAAUAGUUUUCGCCGUGAUCCAGAGAUAUCGAUCGGCUACUGGGCAAGAGUAUCAGUUAUAAAUCAUCUUGUUGAACGGUUUGUGGAGAAGACUGCAGGACGAUGUCAGAUCAUUAACAUAGGCUGUGGUUCCGAUACACUUUUUUGGAGACUAAAGUCCUCCGGAAAACUGGUCCAGAAGUUCGUUGAUGUGGACUUUAGUUCGGUGACAGCAAAAAAAAUACGUCAAAUCCGAAAACCGGGCGCACCUGAUCUGGUCAGUUUCUUCAGCGAACCGCCCAAAGAAAUCCAACACAGCGAUUUGCACUGUGGUGACUACAGUUUGGUUGGUGCGGACCUUCGUCAGUGGAAUGAGUUCAGGUCAAAACUCGACUCAGUUGGCAUUGAUACCACUCUUCCCACAUUAUUUGUAGCCGAAGAUCAGUUGUUUUAUAAUGUCCAUACAAAGGAUACUUUUGGGAAUAUUAUGGAGAAGAAUCUCGAGCAGAGAGGAAUUCAGUUGCCAGGCAUAGCAGCGUGUUCUGAUGUUGAAACUCAGAAGGGAAGAACGUCGGACAGCGCGUUCAACCCACCAGGCUUCCAUCCUGGGGUCACCUCAGCUCAACAUCAUGUGGACAGCGAACACGCUUCUGAACAGCAGGAACAUCUGGCGAAAAAACGUGCUUGGGAUGUUGCUAUGGCACCAGCCAAAAGUCUUCCGAUGAAUAUGUUUAUGAUGUAUAUGGCGGGAAGAAGUGUAUCGAUUUUUCCGAUAAUGAUGGUCGGAAUGAUGUUGUGGCGACCGGUUAAAGCUCUUUUCUCAGUGAAUGCAACUUUUAAACCGCUGGAAGACCAAAAUGCUGGAAGUUUGAUAAUUCAUAAGAUUAUAUUCAUUCUUGGUAAUAUGGGUGCCAUAGCUCUCGCUAUUUACAAGGUACACACCAUGGGUCUUCUGCCAAACACACCGUCCGAUUGGCUUGAGUUCAUUCCGCAACCUCAACGUGUACAGUAUUCAAUCGUUAGCAAUACUUAUGUUUGA